CGAAACCUCUUACACGAUUCAGAGGUUCCUCCCAAGUCCGAAGCAACAACAGCUUCCUGCUUCCAUAAAACUGAAAAACGGAGGAUCAUCUCUGUCCCGUGUCUAUAUCUCAAGUAGUCUCAACAAAACAGCAAAAACAUCACCAUGAAGCAAACGAUGGCGAUCAAGGUUUCGAUGAACGGGCAUAAAUCCCGAACAAAGGCCAUGAAGAUUGCGGUGGGGCUCCCUGGUGUGGAGUCGGCGGCUUUGAAAGGCGACGACAAGAGCCAGAUUGAGGUGAAGGGAGAUGGAGUUGACGCAGUUCAGCUAACGAUGUUGCUGAGAAAGAAAGUGGGAUUUGCGGAGCUAGUGAGCGUGACGGCCGAGGGAGGAGAAAAGAAAGAGGAAAAGGAAGAACCCACCGGGCAGGCUCUGGUUUGGCCGUCUACAACGCCUUAUUAUGUGUAUGAGUUACCACCAGCAAGCCAGUACCAUGACCCCUGCUCCAUCAUGUGAAAGAAAUAUUUAUGCAUGUACGGUAGCAAUAAAGAUUGAAAAAUUAGAAAGGCCCCAGUUCCAUGGUGGAAAAAAUCGUAUGAUUGUGAGUAAUUAUAUAGGUAUGGAUAGCAGUUAUUCUUAAUAACUUAAAUUUAAAUUUUUGAAGGCUCCUAGACAGACUUAUGCUUGGGUGGUUUUAUUUAUAUAUAAUUUUCAAUACCCUGCUAGUCAGUUAAUUAAUUUUUUACUUAUAAACGACAAUCUAUACU